AUGGACGAGAACGUGACAAAAGUAUUUGUUUCUGGUGGAAGCACGUUUGUGCGCCACUCAGCCAAAUCAGAUUUCCUCUAUGUGUGUUCUAGCAGUAUUCUUAAGGUGUUUGAUCUAACGAAACCAGAACAGGAACCGGAGGUGCUUGAUGUGGUGAACGGAGCAAAAUCAUUUGAGACAGGACACAAUACGGCAUUGGUUGCGUCAAAUAAUGGUGAAUGCCACAUUUAUGACCUCAAGACACUUAAAGAAACAGCGACUUUGCUACGCUCUCCCUUGGGUCUAACUUCGGCUGUAUUCACUCAUGGAGGAGCCAUGGCAUUAUGUGGAGGACUUGAUGGCAAGUUACAAUUGGUUGAAAUCAAGAGUUCUGAACAUGGUGUGAAGAGUACCGUGGAUGUUCGGGAGCAAAUUGCAUCGUUGUCAUACAACGACGUGGGAGAUCUGGCUGCUGUGUCUCUUGCCAAUGGUGAUUUGGCAAUUUAUUCAUACACUACAGCCGAGCCAACGAGGCUGCAUACAUUCUCUAGCAUUUUAGUCGACAAAAGAUCUGUUAUAGGUGAUGCAGACACUUUAAGAGCGGACAGUGGUUUACCCCUCGAUGAUGACGACGACGACAUGGAUGGCUUUGACGACGAUUUGGAUCAAGAUAUAGCCAACGGUGGUGCUCCUCAGACUCAGCCUAUGGGAAAGGAUAGUACUGCUAAGUUUUCUUCAGUACGUCCCGAUUGGCAUCCAAGUGGCGAUCUAUUAGCGAUUCCUACAAGAGUGAGAGAAAUUGUGGUCUAUGACAGAAGCGACUUGUCCAAACCUAAAUUUCAAUUUCAGUCAACUAAAGAUGGGUCUCAUACUAAGCCCAUUAUUGAUUUGCAUUGGUCGCCCAACGGUAAGCUCCUGGCAUCGGUGGGACUCGAUAACAAAUUGGUUGUUUGGGAUUACAAGACGCAGAGGUCUGUUCAGAGCUUUGAUGUUCCUAUGAGAGCGUUUAGUUUGUCUUGGAACAGACACUCUGACAUGAUAAUCAUUGGAACUACAUCCGGAAAUAUUAUUAGAUAUGAAGUUGAAAGUUCCACAUCCAAGUUAGUUUCCGAUGAAGCUACCGAACAGGAAGGAGACGAGGAAGAAGAGGGCACGAACGAACACCUGGACAUCGAUGGAGAGAAAGAGGCGGACUCAAAUACUGGGGGAUCACCAGGUGCAGAUUCGUUGGGCUCAGAGGGUUUGUUUGGUGGCGAAGACGACUUUAUCAUCGAUGACGAUGGUGCAGGCUAUACUGAGAAUGGUAAGAGAUCUGCUGAUGAUAUUCAUAAUGGCUCCGGUGGGAUGCAUAAGCAUAAAAAAGUUCGAUUUGACAACCAGUACCAAGGACUGUCAAGACUUCUACCUUAUUCUCCCGGUGGAACGCCAUGGGAAACCAGCAGAAGGUAUCUUACGAUUAAUCCAGUUGGAUAUGCCUGGUCAGUGAAACAGGAGGGUUACAAUACGGUAACCGUAACGUUUUUUGAUCGUAGCUUACAUAGGGAGUAUCAUUUCCGUGACUUUAACAGUAUCGAUAUUGCAUCCAUGAACGGAGAAGGUAUUUUGUUGGCGGGAAGUGCAUAUCACAAAUCUUUGCAUGGCUCUAAAGAAAGGGUUAAGGCCACGAUGAUCUUUAAAACGCAUGAUCAAAGCCGCAAUUGGCAGCGAGAGAUACAGCUACAGCCUGGGGAAUUUCUAACUUCUGUAUCUCUUGGUCCUAAUGCUGUGUUUGCAUGCUCAUCUUUGGGCUAUGUUCGCCGAUACAGUCUCUACGGACGUCUUGAGAGACUCGAGAAGAUGCCUCCCGUGGUGGCUUGCAUCAAUAGUAGCAAGUAUCUAGUGACGGUCACCUACACGUCUCCCUACAAUUACAGUUUCAACUUGCAAGAUCUAGACGGUAAGUACUAUCAAAGGAGCGAAAGUCUUCCUAUUAGUGUAUCCGUUGAAGGUAAAAGACAUCCAAUUAGAGGGCUCUUCUUUUCCUCGGAUGGAGACCCAUGCAUUGUCGGCCAGGAUAAUGUGAUAUUGGUGCUUAGUCGAUGGAGGGAUCCUUUACAAGCAUGCUGGGUUCCUAUAUUGGAUGCAAAUGAAGGUCUCAGACGUAUUGCUACGGGUGACAAUGUUACCGCAUGGCCUUUGGGUUUGUUCAAGGAUCAGUUCAACUUUAUAGUGGUGAGAGGAUCAGAAUAUCCAUCUUUCCCAUUGACAUUACCAUCGGAAAUGUCUGUGAAGCUGCCGGUUGGAGACGAUUCCGAGGGACAGAAAACGGAAGACACAAAUGAGGAAGGAAAUGGUAUAGACAACGAUAGCGACGAUCAGCCGAAAGAGAAGAAGAAUAGUGGUAAUUCAGCCGAAGAAGAACUCAUAAGAACAAUUGUUCAGGCUGAACUUCUUAAUGAUGCAAUCACCAAUGAUGAUGUUGAAGAUGAAACUGCUGAGGAGAGGCUUGCAGCACUUAGCGUUCGAUACGAUGCAGCAUUAUUGAAACAGGUGGGACAAUCAUGUAACGAAGGAGAUAUUUCGGAUGCAUUUUAUUUAUCUACGAAACUUAGAGAUGAUAGAGCAUUGGCAGCUGCUGCCAAAAUGGCCGAGCGACUGGAAUUGGCUGGCUUGGUAGCUAAGAUUAAUCGUCUUAGAGAGGCUAGAAUGGAAAUAGAAGAAGAAGCAGAAGAAGAGUGA